AUGAUGGCAAUAGCUAGAGCUGGCUGGAUACGGAGUACGAUACAACAUGUCCACGUAACCAAGGUCUUCCUCUUGGCUUGGAUCCUGUCCACAGUCGUUUCUGAAGAAUUGCCGGAGUUCAUUGAGCAGCCGCAGUCUCAGGUGUUAUCCCAGAGUGCCCCGGUAACUUUGAAAUGUGUAGCAACGCCCGAAGACGCACAGAUUCGAUGGUUGUUUGAUGGCCAGCCGCUUGACGGGCGGCGCCACCGCGAUCUGGAAGUCCUGGGCUCGAACCUGCACUUCCUCCAUCAGGCAGGCAGUGAUGACAGCAACGAGGGCGAGUACCGCUGCACGGUCACCACAUCCCAGGGGACGAUCAUCAGCCAGCCUGCACAUCUGUCCAAACCAGCUCUGUCCAGGUUCACACCCGUUGACGACGUCACCAUUGUUGUACCGGAAGGCGGGUACGCCACACUGACCUGCGACCCCCCGAAGAGCGCGCCGUCGGCUUACGUGGUCUUCCAGAACUCCAACGGUCAGUUGGUGGACACAAGCGAGG